AUGUAUGGUGCCAUAGACUACGUAAACAUGUUCAAGGCGGCGUGCAAAGGAACACACGAAGAUUACUUCGAAAAUGAGUUUAACUAUGGGGGUAAUGAGUUCAACUAUAAAGAUUUGCUCACGGGAAAGCCAUCAGGUAGUAUUGCAGCGAGUACUAAGGAUUCGGCGACUAGCUUUGAGGCGAUGUCAACGUAUGAGACCACUAUUGAGAUACUUACGUCGAAUACUCCAUCACCAUCGACCAGCACUUCGGCAUCGUCAAGUUCGGAGACGGAGAAGUCAUCAGAAGCGCCAUCGCCGCCACCCGCGACUUCGACGCCAGCUGCAGCACCUAGCUCUACGAACGAAGGAAAACCUACAUCCGUUGUUGCAGCUCCUGCUCCAAGCAAUACUAUCCCUCCGAACGACGUCACUAUCCAGUCGCAUGUUCACAUCACGAUCUCCAACUCUGAGCUGCCAGUCCCCACAAAUACUCAUGCUGCAGAACCGACUCUAAGUACGACUUCCAUUGCCGGCAUAGCAGCGGGCGGCACUGUAGCUAUUGCUCUGAUCAUCGGCCUUGUGUUCUUCUUCCUGCGUCGCCGUAAGCACCGAGCCUCUCUCGCUUCAUCCGCAGACAUUUGGGAGCCCUCUCGCAAUACUAGUCCAAACCCCAAACUUCCAGUUAUCGAGAAUGAUUCAAGCUUUGGUCGUCACUCAAAAGUCGAAGCCGGUCCACAAAUGCAUCAGCACUCGAAAGCCGAACUACAUAGCGAAAGCGCACCGCCACCGCCACGCCCCCAAACUGCACACAAUGGCUAUCCGAACCCACCGGAGAUGCGCGGCGGAAGUGGUAAUGAGAGCUCGCGAUUCUACCGCCCAGCACAACAGUCACAUCUGCACCGUCAUGGUAGUAACAUGGAUUCUCGAUAUCCCGAACUGGGAUCUCACACGGCACCGAGCAUACCGUCGCCGGCCUCACCUGUUUCGGCUUCUUCAACAAUGCAAGGCUGGCAUGCUAACACCCCAUCUGGAGUACCUACCAGCCGGAUGAGUAGUGCUGAUCUCCGCACCGAAGGAAUGAGAAGUCCAGUCAGCGAACUUGGUACGAAUACACCACUCCGCUCAACACGCUCGGCAGAGCUACACGGCGCUGAGAUUACGAGCCCGAUAAGUGAGCUUGGAAGCGACACCUUUUCCAGUGGUGGUAAUGGGGUGGCCGAACUGCAUACUGAUCCUGUACUGCCGUCGAAGCUUGGACCGGGCAAUAGAGGAGAUAUGACGGCUGUUAUCGCUGAGAUGGAGGGCUCUCACAUACAGAAAGGACACCGUCAUGGGUUGUCAACAAACUCGUAG